AUGGCAGAGAGAGACCCAAUUACGUGCCAUGCCCUCGAUACCACUACUGGUCGACCAGCUGCGGGAAUCAAUGUCACUUUGAGCAGCGAUCUUGACAAGUCGAUCGUCUUUCGAGCCACAACGAAUACCGAUGGUCGAAUCGCUAAUUGGCAGCAUGAAACCGAGAAAGUCAGUGGAAUAAUCAAGACCCUCCCGGGAGUAAGCAUCUGGAAACUGCGAUUCGAAACUGGCACAUAUUAUGGAUUGGAAAACACAUUCUUCCCUUUCGUCGAACUCAAUUUCUCAGUCAAGGGAGGUGAACAUUUCCAUGUUCCACUACUCUUGGGUCCAUACAGUUAUACAACAUAUCGAGGAAGUUAG